AUGUCGCAGAAACCCAUCUUUGUCGCUACUCACCCCCGCGCAUGCUCAACAGCAUUUGAACGAGUCUUCAUGACUCGCCGGGAUACCAUCCAGUGUGUCCAUGAGCCAUUUGGCGAUGCUUUCUACUAUGGCCCAGAAAGACUGGGUACGAGGUUUAUGGACGACGAGAAGGCCCGCCUAGAGAGCGGCUUCAGUCAGUCAACCUACAAAACCGUGAUGGAUAGAAUAGAGCGUGAAGCUUCUGAGGGCAAGAGAGUUUUCAUCAAGGACAUCAUCCACUAUCUCCUUCCACCAAGCGGGAAGCCAGCCAGCAUUGCGCCAUCUCUGCUUAAAGUGAAGCGUGGUGUCGGCACCGAGGCCAACGGCCAUGCUGGAAACGGUGUGGAAAGCAACGGUCAUGUCGAAGCUGGACAAAGCACCAAGCAGACGUCCCAGGGCCCGUACCCGACAGAGCCAGAGCCAGGUAACCCCACCGUGAUGCCCAGGGAACUUCUCUCCAAGUUCCACUUUGCCUUCCUUAUACGCGACCCUCACUUCAGUGUCCCUUCAUACUACCGCUGCACCAUUCCCCCCCUGGACGACGUCACCGGUUUCUAUUAUUAUGAUCCGGCCGAGGCCGGAUACGACGAGACCCGUCGGACAUUCGACUACCUGCGGAGCACCCACCUGAUCGGGCCUCAUAUCGCAACGAAGGAGCAGGACGCGGACGAGAUCGACAACAAGCUCAGGCCCGUGGUCAACGGGGUCGGUGCGGCGCACGAAUCGGCCGAGAUCUGUGUCGUUGACGCGGAUGAUAUGCUCGAGAAGCCGGGUCCGAUGAUUGAGGCUUUCUGCCGCAGCGUGGGCAUCGACUAUGACCCGUCCAUGCUAGACUGGGACGACGAGUCCGAACAGAAGCAGGUGUGCGACGCAUUCGAGAAGUGGAGGGGAUUUCACAACGAUGCCAUCGAAUCGAAGGGCCUAACAGCGCGGAAACAUUCACUAAACCAGAUUCACCAGGGUCGUCCGGUGAAAACCGAAGAGGAAUUUGACGCCGAAUGGCGCAAGAAGUACGGCCCAGAGGCCGCCGCUCUAAUCCGUAAAUCAGUGGAUGAGAACAUGGCGGAUUACCUGUAUCUCAAGCAGUUUGCCAUGAAAGUGUAA